CACGUCCGUCUUCAAGAAUUGGAUUCCGAUUCCUCAUUUCCCAAAACUCUACUUUCUGUCUCCUUAUGUUUUUUGAGCUUCCAAACUUCAGCAGCAGCUGCUUCUCUCUCACACUCAAAACCCCCUGCUAAAAAACCCUAUCUCUCCGAGUUCAGAGAGAGACAGACAGCACAAACAUGGCGGAUCUCAACAACCAUGGCGUCGCCGCCGCCAUUCUUCCGAUUCCAGGGAAGCGUAACGUUCUUAUUACAAGUGCUCUUCCUUACGUCAACAACGUUCCUCACCUCGGCAACAUCAUCGGCUGUGUAUUGAGUGCGGAUGUUUUCGCACGGUAUUGUCGGCUUCGAGGUUAUAACACUGUAUACAUUUGCGGGACUGAUGAGUAUGGUACUGCCACUGAAACUAAAGCGAUGGAGGAGAAAUGCACUCCUAAACAGAUUUGUGACAAAUACCAUGCAAUUCAUAAGGAAGUCUACGAAUGGUUCAACAUAAGUUUUGAUAAAUUUGGACGCACGUCAAGCCCCGAACAGACUGAAGUUUGUCAAUCUGUUUUUAAGAAGCUGAUGGAGAACAAUUGGCUUACAGAGAACACAAUGCAACAGCCUUAUUGUGAUACUUGUGAAAAGUUCUUAGCUGAUCGCCUUGUUGAGGGUAUUUGCCCAACACCUGGCUGCAAUUAUGAUUCUGCCCGAGGUGAUCAGUGUGAAAAAUGUGGAAAACUUUUGAAUCCUACAGACCUGAAAGAUCCUAAAUGCAAAGCAUGCCAAUCUACUCCGCGCAUUCGUGACACAGAUCACUUGUUUCUUGAACUUCCACUGCUCCAAGACAAGUUGGAAGAAUACAUAAAUAAGAUGUCAGAAGCUGGAUCUUGGAGCCAGAACGCUAUUCAAGUAACAAAUGGAUGGCUGAAAGAAGGACUUAGAUCACGGUGUAUUACUAGAGAUUUGAAAUGGGGGGUCCCUGUCCCGCACGAAAAGUUUAAAGACAAGGUAUUUUAUGUUUGGUAUGAUGCACCUAUAGGGUAUAUUUCAAUCACAGCAUGCUACACGCCAGAUUGGGAGAAGUGGUGGAAAAACCCUGAAGAUGUUGAGCUAUAUCAGUUUAUGGGCAAGGAUAAUGUGCCAUUCCAUACUGUGAUGUUUCCAUCAACACUUCUUGGUACUGGUGAAAGCUGGACUUUGAUGAAGAGUAUCAGUGUCACAGAGUAUCUGAACUAUGAAGCAGGCAAAUUCUCCAAAAGCAAAGGCAUUGGAGUAUUUGGGAAUGACGCCAAGGACACAAGUAUUCCUGUAGAAGUCUGGAGAUACUACUUGCUAACUAACCGGCCUGAGGUGUCAGACACAUUGUUUACUUGGGCAGAUUUACAAGCAAAACUAAACAGUGAGCUGCUGAGCAAUCUGGGGAACUAUGUAAAUCGGGUCUUGAGCUUUAUUGCUAAGCCAUCAGAUCAGGGAUAUGGUUCUGUCAUUCCUGACGCUCCACAGGCAGAAGCACAUUCUUUAACUAAGGCAUUAGCAGAAAAAGUAGGAAAGCAUGUAGAGCAAUAUGUAGAAGCUAUGGAAAAGGUUAAGCUAAAGCAAGGACUUAAAACCGCAAUGGCCAUUUCGAGUGAAGGAAAUGCUUAUUUACAGGAAAGUCAAUUUUGGAAGCUUUAUAAAGAGGAUCAGCCUGCAUGUGCUGUGGUCAUGAGAACUGCCGCAGGACUAGUGUAUCUCUUGGCCUGUUUAUUAGAGCCUUUUAUGCCAUCUUUUUCUCUCGAGGUACUAAAACAACUUAAUAUGCCUCGACUUCAAGUAUCUCUUUCGGAUGAAAAUGGGGAUCUUGAGAAAAUCAGGAUACUCUGGGAUAUUUUACCUGCUGGUCACAAAAUAGGGAAACCGGAACCAUUAUUCAAGGAACUGAAAGACGAAGAAAUGGAAUUUUAUCGGGAGAAGUUUGCUGGAAGUCAAGCUGACAGGGCUGUUAAAGCUGCUGCGGAAAAGACUGCUGAGCAGUUGAAGAAAACAAAGAUAUCAGAUAAAAGUGAGAAGAAAAAGGCUGCAAAGCCUGCUGGUGGAUCCAAAACUAAGUCGACCCCUGAACCAGAAGUAACGAUUGCUAGACUUGAUAUUCGAGUUGGCCUUAUAACAAAAGUUGAGAAGCAUCCUGAUGCAGAUUCCCUUUACGUGGAAGAGAUCGAUGUUGGUGAAGCAGCACCUAGAACUGUUGUCAGUGGUCUUGUCAAGUACAUACCUAUUGAGGAAAUGCAGAACCGAAAGGUAUGUGUACUUUGCAACUUGAAACCAGCUAGCAUGAGAGGGAUCAAGUCUCAUGCCAUGGUUCUUGCGGCUUCCAACAGCGAGCACACCAAGGUAGAAUUAGUUGAGCCCCCAAAAGAUGCUUCCAUUGGGGAGAGGGUCAAGUUUUCAGGUUUUGAUGGUGAGCCAGAUGAUGUUUUAAACCCAAAGAAGAAAGUGUGGGAGACAUUGCAAGUGGAUCUAAGCACAGACUCUAAUUUGGUGGCCCGGUUCAAAGAUUUGCCAUUCACCACAUCAGCUGGUAUCUGCAAGGUUUCGUCAAUUGCGAAUGGAACCAUAAAGUAGGGACGCUCCAUAGUUUACAGCCUAUUGAAUACAGAUAAAGUUUCCAAUUAUUUAAAAAGAAUUUCUCCACAGGGCAGUUUCCAUCCUUUUACUAUGUUGAAAAGUUUUGUUACGAUGUUCUGUAUUUGCCCCAGCAGUCAAGCUUUUAAGGUAUUGUCAAUUUGAAGGGGUUACACCGACUCUUGUAUUUCCAUGCUUAUGAACUUAUGAUGGGAGUUUGUGGAUUUUUAAAUUGGUAAUAUCUUCACUGA